UUAUGGUUAUUUCCUUUCCUUUAGUCCUGGGUGAAAAUAGAAAGUGGCCAGUGAAAAUAGCCUCCAUAAAGCCGUGUGCUGGGCAUCCCUGCGCCUGCCAAGACCUCAAACCGUGCACAAACACUCAGGGGGAGAAGAAUGGCACGCGUGUGCCACCCGGAGCCUGGGCACGGGGCGCAGGAUGAGCCUGCCUAGUUUCUGGGGGGCAGGGGGCGGGGCGGGCCAACCCCCGGGGUUGAGCAGAGGAAGCGCCUCCCCAGCUCUUGGGAGCUGAGCUUUUCCUUUCACUCUGCUAGCCUCAGUCCAACUCUCCCUUUCAAAGCCCCAGAGCUGCCCCGCCCGGUGAGGUAGCCCUAGUGGGGGGGGGGGAUGGUGCAGGUUGGAGAGUUUGGAGCCGGCCCCCGGCUAUUUCAGGUUCGUGCCCAGGAAGCUGGGCUGGGCUGAGCUGGUUCCCUCCUGCUGGGCAUCUGGCCCCCGGAAGCUCCUCCCCAUCCCCUCCUCAGAGAUUCCUUCGAGGGAGGGGAUUAAGGGAAAAGGGAGUCGGGAUAUAAGGGGCCGGGACAGCUCCCGGAUUUACCUGUCAGGAAGCAAUCCGGGAGGUGGCGGCAGCGGCGGCAGCAGCCCUAAUCUGCCCUGACCCAAUCUGGCUCCAAGUGUUCCUUCAUACUGGGUGCAGAGGUGCUGCUGACCACAAACCACACUGAAGAUCCACCCACCUGAAGAUCCGCCUCUCUUUUUGGGCCAGACCCAAACUGGUGACUAAGUGACCAAGGUGUUAUUUCUCUUUGUCCGCUAACCGAUCCAAGCCUCUCUGACCACACGGGGAGACUCACACUCUGUGAUUAUUUAUUUUUGGUGAGAGGAACCAGGAGUGACCCACAGGCAGCGCCCUAUGUCAGAUUUCUGAGCUCCUGCUGCUCCUGAAGCUACCCCGAUGUGGCCUCUACCUCCUACUUGUUCUCUGAUCCUGCUGUGGCUGUGCCAGGUCCCCCUAAGCUGGCAACAGUCAUUAGAAUCCCUUAAGCUGCGGCUGGUGGGUGCCGGGAGCCAGCCUGAGGAGGGUCGCCUGGAGGUGCUGCAUGAGGGCCAGUGGGGCACCGUGUGCGAUGAUGACUUCAGCCUCUUGGAGGCCAACGUGGCUUGCCGCCAGCUUGGCUUUGAGGCUGCCCUGACGUGGGCACACAGUGCCAAGUAUGGUCAAGGGGAAGGCCACAUCUGGAUGGAUAAUGUACGUUGUGUGGGCACUGAGAGCUCCCUGGCAGAGUGCAGGUUCAACGGCUGGGGCGUCAGCGACUGCAGCCACUCUGAAGAUGUCGGGGUUGUCUGCCACCCCCAGAGCUUGCCCAGCCACCGCUCAGAGAGGCCAUCGCAGAUCCUGGGGCCACAGGGACAGCGGCUGGAGGAGGUACGGAUCAAGCCCGUGCUGGCCAGCGCAAAACGGCAGAACCCCAUUUUGGAGGGUGCUGUGGAGGUGAAAUAUGAGGGCCACUGGCGGCAGGUGUGCGACCAGGACUGGACCAUGAACAACAGCAGAGUGGUCUGCGGGAUGCUGGGCUUCCCCAGUGAGGUGCCAGUUAAUACCCACUUCUACAGGAAACUCUGGAAUAUGAAGAUGAAAGACCCUAAAUCCAGGCUGAGGAGCCUGACCAAGAAGAAUUCCUUUUGGAUCCACCGGGUGAACUGCCUGGGGACCGAGCCCCACUUGGCUAAAUGCCAAGUGCAGGCGUCCCCAGGGAAGGGCAAGUUGCGGCCAGCCUGCCCCUCAGGCAUGCAUGCUGUGGUCAGCUGUGUGGCAGGACCCCGUUUCCGCCACCCCAAGGGGAAGCCCCGCCGCAAGGAGGUAAGGGCUUCCAGGGGAGGGGAGGAGGAAGGCAAGCAGCCCUGGAAGGGUCCCCCGGGGACUCCCAGGGAAAGGCUCUUGUGUCAGAGAUUUAAAACGAAUCCGCUUCCUGGCUUCCCCACCGAAAUCGGGGCGUCACCGCCCAGCCCCGCUAGCCAGGCACGGUCCCCGCUUCCAAGCGACCUGCUCACUCCGGGUCUCUCCCUCGGCCGGGCUCGGCCCGGCCGAGGCCUGGCGGGACUGAUGAGGCAGUGGGGCACCGUCUGUGACCGCCGCUGGAACCUGCUCUCAGCCAGCGUCCUGUAG